CUGGAUUGGGACUGAUUCUUCACCGGGAGCCUCUGAAAAGACAAAGUUUUCCUCCCUUGUUAUUGCUGUACCACCAUAAUCUACCAAGAUGUGUGACUGCUUUCAUCUAGUUCUUCCUAACUGGCCAGGAUCUCCAGCCAGUGGUUCUGGACGACAGCUGAGACCAGCUGAGCCCCCCGGAGAUGCUGAUGCCGAUGCGGAUGCAGAGGAUGAAGAUUCUGUUAAUGAAGUGGCAGUAGAAGACAUUCGUCCAAGGCCACAGGGAUCCUCUCCAGUUUAUGAGUAUCCCACAGAAGAAGAAUAUUUAAAGCUUCAAGAAGAAAACAAAAAACAUUCUACAGACAAAUCAAAACAGAGUCAUCCACAGGAGACAAUGGAAGUAACCCUGAAAACAGAAGCGGAAGCUGGUGCUAGUGGUUUUAGUGUGAAAGGUGGAGGAGAUGAAGGAAUAUUUAUUAAAAAAGUACUUAAGGAAUCUCCUGCUUCAAAAAUAUUUAGUCUUAAAGAAGGUGAUCAGCUUCUAAGUGCUACAAUAUUUUUUGAUAACAUCAAAUAUGAAGAUGCACUCAAGAUUCUCCAGUAUUCCGAGCCGUACAGAGUCCAGUUCAGCCUCAAAAGAAAAAUUGCUGUGAAAGAAGAGCUGGAACAUUCUACAACUCAAUACAAGAAGGAAAGAAUAAGCCAGGAGAAAGAACUCAGUGAGAGCAUUCCUGAAGAAACACUUCAUGUUUCAGGAAAAGCCAUUUCAGAAGAAGACAGGGAAACAUUAAUUACAAGCCAAAGAGUAGGAAGAAGCAAGAGACCUAAAAAAGACAGAUUAUCAUGGCCAAAAUUCCAGUCAAUCAAAAAUAAAAAGAUACUGAGGCACAGAAGAUCUCAUAGUACAUCAGAUGCAUAUGAGCCUGCUGUACAGGAUAUUUCUCCUACAAGCACAGACACAGAGUCUCAAUUUCCACAAGAAGUCCAUACCAAAGAAAAAAAAGGAAGCCAAAGGAAGCUGAAGUUCCCUAGCAUUGGAUUCAGAAUGCACAGGUCCAAAACAGACCUACAAGAGAAACAAAAAAAAGAAAUAAAAACUACACUGAUCUCUGAAAGAGAAAAAAUACAUGAAGAAGAUAUUAGCCUGGAGAAUCCUGAAAUCCUGACUGUUGAAUAUAGCACAUCUCCUGCUUACAAAAUGAAAAUAGGGGAGGUACAGGAAACUUUAACAAAAGACUUAAAAGAUAUGAAAAAUGGCAUCCCAUCUCACGUAAAACAAUGCCCUGAAGUUGAAAUAAGCAUUAAAAAAGAAAAAGACAAGGAAUCAACAUCAAAAUUUAGUUUACCUGAGGUACCAGACAUAACAACAGAGAUACCAAAGCCCAGUUUAGAAACACCUGAUCUGAAAGCAAGUCCAACUGAAAAAACAUCACAAGCAUCAUCAAAAUCCCGAAAAAAGAAACAGAAAGGAACACCAGUUAAAAAAGAAGGAGAAAGUGAAAUUAACAUAGACUUGAUGAGUCACACAGCUAAAGGAUCUACCCAGGUAAAAGGCCUAGAAAUAGGAACUGCAAAAGCAGAAUUAAACACAUCCGACACACUGGAAGCAGGAGAAAUUCAAGCAGAAGAAGACACAAAGAUACUAACAAUUCAGAAAACAAAAUUUGAGAUUUCAGUGCCCAAGAGAAAAGAGACAGAGACUGAAACCACCAAACUCGGAGGUGAUGUUCCACAUUCAGAACCAGAAAAAACAAUGGAUGCGACUUCAGAGGAUGGCAGGAAUUUGGAUGUGAAAACACACAUACCUGAUGCAGAACCAGAAGUAUCUUCUUGGAAAAUACAAAUGCCAUCAUUCAAAAUGACCAAAACACCUAAAACUGACAUGAAAAUAACAAGACAAGAAACCACAGGUGAAUCAGAAGAUACUGUAAAAAAGGAAUGGAUAGAAGAAGAUGGCAUGCCCACAAGUGACAAAACCUUAAAGUUAGAAAUUGAAAUGAAGACAGGUGAGAAAGAUAUAGAGGGAAAAGAAAGCAAAUUCCGACUCCCAAAGUUAAAAUUUCCUACAUUUACUUGGUCAAAUACCAAGGAUGAAACAGGGAAAACUGAAGGACAGAUAAGUGAAAUGGAAGGAAAAAUGCCAACAAUAAAAGAAGGAGCAGAAGCAGAGAUAUGUGGAUCAGCAGAAGAAAUUAAGGUACCAAGUGUUGAAGUGAAAACUGAGAUAUCAAAAGAAAAAAUAAAAGAAAAUGACAUCAAAGAAAAGACAAAGGUCCAGCUGCCAAGUCCGAAAAAAAUAACUAUAAAACCUUGCAAGGUAGAAAAUGCCUUUCAAAAAACUACUGGACAAAUAGUGAUGUCAACAACUGAUAUUAAAAUAAAAACUGGUGAAGAACAAUCAAAAAUUGACAUGAAGCCUCCCAAGGUGGACAUCAGCGUGCCCUCCGUCGACGUCACCCUUCCGAAGGCCAGCGUUGAUGUGCAGGCGCCCGAGGCGACCCUCAGCCUGGAAGGAGAAGCAAAGGCCCCAGAGAAGGAGGCCGCCAAGAGUAAGGACGGCAAGUUCAAGAUGCCCAAGUUCGGCAUGCCUUCCUUUGGCUGGUCCAGCAGCAGAGAGGCCAAGGGCAGCGUGGCCGCUGAGGUGGACGUCAGCCUCAAGGAGCCCCAAGUGACGGUGCCCUCGGGAGCCGCCGAGGUGGACAUCAGCCUCAAGGAGCCCCAUGUGACGCUGCCCUCGGGAGCCGCCGAAGUGGAGGUGAGCCUGCCCGGCGCCGAGAUCCAAGCGCCCGGCGUGGAGGUGACGCUGGAGGCGGCCGCCACGGGAGAGGGCGAGAAGGGUCGAUUCAAGAUGCCCGACAUCAAGAUGCCCGACGUCAAGAUGCCCAGCGUCAAGCUGCCCAAGGUCAAAGCUCCCCACGCGCAGGUCAGCCUGCCAAAGGCCGAGGUCUCGCUGCCCAAAGGCCAGGAGGGCGAAGUCGCCCUGCAGGGCCCCGAGGCCGAAGGCGGCCUGGAGGUGGCAGCUGGCAAAGUUGAGGGCGGCGGCAUGAAAAUACACAUGCCCAAAGUCAAGGUGCCCAGCGUGGUCUUCUCCAAGCCCACCGUCAAGGCUCCCAAAGUGGAGGCAGACGUCAGCCUCCCGCAGGCAGAGCUCAAGGCCGGCGCCGCCGACAUCAGCAUCGCGGCCCCCGACAUCAAGUUGCCCUCCGUCGAAGGCUCCCUCGAGCUCCAGGCGCCCGAGAUAGACCUCAAAGCACCCUCCGCUGAAGUCUCGCUCGACGGGGCCAAACUGGAAGCCUCGGGCCUGAAAGGAAAGUUUAAGAUGCCCAAGUUCGACAAGCCCAAAUUUGGAGUGUCCUCCCCCAAAGCGGAAGGGCCCGAGGUCAGCCUGCCCAGCGCAGAGGUCGAGCUCCCCUCCGCCACCGUGACGGCCGCAGGAGAGGGCCCCGGCCUGAGCCUCAAAGCCGACGUCCCCGGCGCCAAAACGGAAGGGGCCGGCUGGAAGCUGGAGAAGCCCUCCCUGAAAAUGCCCAAAGCUGACAUCAAGGCUCCCAAGGUGGACAUCAGCGUGCCCUCCGUCGACGUCACCCUUCCCAAGGCCAGCGUUGACGUGCAGGCGCCCGAGGCGACCCUCAGCCUGGAAGGAGAAGCAAAAGCCCCAGAGAAGGAGGCCGCCAAGAGUAAGGACGGCAAGUUCAAGAUGCCCAAGUUCGGCAUGCCUUCCUUUGGCUGGUCCAGCAGCAGAGAGGCCAAGGGCAGCGUGGCCGCCGAGGUGGACGUCAGCCUCAAGGAGCCCCAAGUGACGGUGCCCUCGGGAGCCGCCGAGGUGGACAUCAGCCUCAAGGAGCCCCAUGUGACGCUGCCCUCGGGAGCCGCCGAAGUGGAGGUGAGCCUGCCCGGCGCCGAGAUCCAAGCGCCCGGCGUGGAGGUGACGCUGGAGGCGGCCGCCACGGGAGAGGGCGAGAAGGGUCGAUUCAAGAUGCCCGACAUCAAGAUGCCCGACGUCAAGAUGCCCAGCGUCAAGCUGCCCAAGGUCAAAGCUCCCCACGCGCAGGUCAGCCUGCCAAAGGCCGAGGUCUCGCUGCCCAAAGGCCAGGAGGGCGAAGUCGCCCUGCAGGGCCCCGAGGCCGAAGGCGGCCUGGAGGUGGCAGCCGGCAAAGUUGAGGGCGGCGGCAUGAAAAUACACAUGCCCAAAGUCAAGGUGCCCAGCGUGGUCUUCUCCAAGCCCACCGUCAAGGCUCCCAAAGUGGAGGCAGACGUCAGCCUCCCGCAGGCAGAGCUCAAGGCCGGCGCCGCCGACGUCAGCAUCGCGGCCCCCGACAUCAAGUUGCCCUCCGUCGAAGGCUCCCUCGAGCUCCAGGCGCCCGAGAUAGACCUCAAAGCACCCUCCGCUGAAGUCUCGCUCGACGGGGCCAAACUGGAAGCCUCGGGCCUGAAAGGAAAGCUUAAGAUGCCCAAGUUCGACAAGCCCAAAUUUGGAGUGUCCUCCCCCAAAGCGGAAGGGCCCGAGGUCAGCCUGCCCAGCGCAGAGGUCGAGCUCCCCUCCGCCACCGUGACGGCCGCAGGAGAGGGCCCCGGCCUGAGCCUCAAAGCCGACGUCCCCGGCGCCAAAACGGAAGGGGCCGGCUGGAAGCUGGAGAAGCCCUCCCUGAAAAUGCCCAAAGCUGACAUCAAGGCUCCCAAGGUGGACAUCAGCGUGCCCUCCGUCGACGUCACCCUUCCCAAGGCCAGUGUUGACGUGCAGGCGCCCGAGGCGACCCUCAGCCUGGAAGGAGAAGCAAAAGCCCCAGAGAAGGAGGCCGCCAAGAGUAAGGACGGCAAGUUCAAGAUGCCCAAGUUCGGCAUGCCUUCCUUUGGCUGGUCCAGCAGCAGAGAGGCCAAGGGCAGCGUGGCCGCCGAGGUGGACGUCAGCCUCAAGGAGCCCCAAGUGACGGUGCCCUCGGGAGCCGCCGAGGUGGACAUCAGCCUCAAGGAGCCCCAUGUGACGCUGCCCUCGGGAGCCGCCGAAGUGGAGGUGAGCCUGCCCGGCGCCGAGAUCCAAGCGCCCGGCGUGGAGGUGACGCUGGAGGCGGCCGCCACGGGAGAGGGCGAGAAGGGUCGAUUCAAGAUGCCCGACAUCAAGAUGCCCGACGUCAAGAUGCCCAGCGUCAAGCUGCCCAAGGUCAAAGCUCCCCACGCGCAGGUCAGCCUGCCAAAGGCCGAGGUCUCGCUGCCCAAAGGCCAGGAGGGCGAAGUCGCCCUGCAGGGCCCCGAGGCCGAAGGCGGCCUGGAGGUGGCAGCCGGCAAAGUUGAGGGCGGCGGCAUGAAAAUACACAUGCCCAAAGUCAAGGUGCCCAGCGUGGUCUUCUCCAAGCCCACCGUCAAGGCUCCCAAAGUGGAGGCAGACGUCAGCCUCCCGCAGGCAGAGCUCAAGGCCGGCGCCGCCGACGUCAGCAUCGCGGCCCCCGACAUCAAGUUGCCCUCCGUCGAAGGCUCCCUCGAGCUCCAGGCGCCCGAGAUAGACCUCAAAGCACCCUCCGCUGAAGUCUCGCUCGACGGGGCCAAACUGGAAGCCUCGGGCCUGAAAGGAAAGCUUAAGAUGCCCAAGUUCGACAAGCCCAAAUUUGGAGUGUCCUCCCCAAAAGCGGAAGGGCCCGAGGUCAGCCUGCCCAGCGCAGAGGUCGAGCUCCCCUCCGCCACCGUGACGGCCGCAGGAGAGGGCCCCGGCCUGAGCCUCAAAGCCGACGUCCCCGGCGCCAAAACGGAAGGGGCCGGCUGGAAGCUGGAGAAGCCCUCCCUGAAAAUGCCCAAAGCUGACAUCAAGGCUCCCAAGGUGGACAUCAGCGUGCCCUCCGUCGACGUCACCCUUCCCAAGGCCAGCGUUGACGUGCAGGCGCCCGAGGCGACCCUCAGCCUGGAAGGAGAAGCAAAAGCCCCAGAGAAGGAGGCCGCCAAGAGUAAGGACGGCAAGUUCAAGAUGCCCAAGUUCGGCAUGCCUUCCUUUGGCUGGUCCAGCAGCAGAGAGGCCAAGGGCAGCGUGGCCGCCGAGGUGGACGUCAGCCUCAAGGAGCCCCAAGUGACGGUGCCCUCGGGAGCCGCCGAGGUGGACAUCAGCCUCAAGGAGCCCCAUGUGACGCUGCCCUCGGGAGCCGCCGAAGUGGAGGUGAGCCUGCCCGGCGCCGAGAUCCAAGCGCCCGGCGUGGAGGUGACGCUGGAGGCGGCCGCCACGGGAGAGGGCGAGAAGGGUCGAUUCAAGAUGCCCGACAUCAAGAUGCCCGACGUCAAGAUGCCCAGCGUCAAGCUGCCCAAGGUCAAAGCUCCCCACGCGCAGGUCAGCCUGCCAAAGGCCGAGGUCUCGCUGCCCAAAGGCCAGGAGGGCGAAGUCGCCCUGCAGGGCCCCGAGGCCGAAGGCGGCCUGGAGGUGGCAGCCGGCAAAGUUGAGGGCGGCGGCAUGAAAAUACACAUGCCCAAAGUCAAGGUGCCCAGCGUGGUCUUCUCCAAGCCCACCGUCAAGGCUCCCAAAGUGGAGGCAGACGUCAGCCUCCCGCAGGCAGAGCUCAAGGCCGGCGCCGCCGACGUCAGCAUCGCGGCCCCCGACAUCAAGUUGCCCUCCGUCGAAGGCUCCCUCGAGCUCCAGGCGCCCGAGAUAGACCUCAAAGCACCCUCCGCUGAAGUCUCGCUCGACGGGGCCAAACUGGAAGCCUCGGGCCUGAAAGGAAAGCUUAAGAUGCCCAAGUUCGACAAGCCCAAAUUUGGAGUGUCCUCCCCCAAAGCGGAAGGGCCCGAGGUCAGCCUGCCCAGCGCAGAGGUCGAGCUCCCCUCCGCCACCGUGACGGCCGCAGGAGAGGGCCCCGGCCCGAGCCUCAAAGCCGACGUCCCCGGCGCCAAAACGGAAGGGGCCGGCUGGAAGCUGGAGAAGCCCUCCCUGAAAAUGCCCAAAGCUGACAUCAAGGCUCCCAAGGUGGACAUCAGCGUGCCCUCCGUCGACGUCACCCUUCCCAAGGCCAGCGUUGACGUGCAGGCGCCCGAGGCGACCCUCAGCCUGGAAGGAGAAGCAAAAGCCCCAGAGAAGGAGGCCGCCAAGAGUAAGGACGGCAAGUUCAAGAUGCCCAAGUUCGGCAUGCCUUCCUUUGGCUGGUCCAGCAGCAGAGAGGCCAAGGGCAGCGUGGCCGCCGAGGUGGACGUCAGCCUCAAGGAGCCCCAAGUGACGGUGCCCUCGGGAGCCGCCGAGGUGGACAUCAGCCUCAAGGAGCCCCAUGUGACGCUGCCCUCGGGAGCCGCCGAAGUGGAGGUGAGCCUGCCCGGCGCCGAGAUCCAAGCGCCCGGCGUGGAGGUGACGCUGGAGGCGGCCGCCACGGGAGAGGGCGAGAAGGGUCGAUUCAAGAUGCCCGACAUCAAGAUGCCCGACGUCAAGAUGCCCAGCGUCAAGCUGCCCAAGGUCAAAGCUCCCCACGCGCAGGUCAGCCUGCCAAAGGCCGAGGUCUCGCUGCCCAAAGGCCAGGAGGGCGAAGUCGCCCUGCAGGGCCCCGAGGCCGAAGGCGGCCUGGAGGUGGCAGCCGGCAAAGUUGAGGGCGGCGGCAUGAAAAUACACAUGCCCAAAGUCAAGGUGCCCAGCGUGGUCUUCUCCAAGCCCACCGUCAAGGCUCCCAAAGUGGAGGCAGACGUCAGCCUCCCGCAGGCAGAGCUCAAGGCCGGCGCCGCCGACGUCAGCAUCGCGGCCCCCGACAUCAAGUUGCCCUCCGUCGAAGGCUCCCUCGAGCUCCAGGCGCCCGAGAUAGACCUCAAAGCACCCUCCGCUGAAGUCUCGCUCGACGGGGCCAAACUGGAAGCCUCGGGCCUGAAAGGAAAGCUUAAGAUGCCCAAGUUCGACAAGCCCAAAUUUGGAGUGUCCUCCCCAAAAGCGGAAGGGCCCGAGGUCAGCCUGCCCAGCGCAGAGGUCGAGCUCCCCUCCGCCACCGUGACGGCCGCAGGAGAGGGCCCCGGCCUGAGCCUCAAAGCCGACGUCCCCGGCGCCAAAACGGAAGGGGCCGGCUGGAAGCUGGAGAAGCCCUCCCUGAAAAUGCCCAAAGCUGACAUCAAGGCUCCCAAGGUGGACAUCAGCGUGCCCUCCGUCGACGUCACCCUUCCCAAGGCCAGCGUUGACGUGCAGGCGCCCGAGGCGACCCUCAGCCUGGAAGGAGAAGCAAAAGCCCCAGAGAAGGAGGCCGCCAAGAGUAAGGACGGCAAGUUCAAGAUGCCCAAGUUCGGCAUGCCUUCCUUUGGCUGGUCCAGCAGCAGAGAGGCCAAGGGCAGCGUGGCCGCCGAGGUGGACGUCAGCCUCAAGGAGCCCCAAGUGACGGUGCCCUCGGGAGCCGCCGAGGUGGACAUCAGCCUCAAGGAGCCCCAUGUGACGCUGCCCUCGGGAGCCGCCGAAGUGGAGGUGAGCCUGCCCGGCGCCGAGAUCCAAGCGCCCGGCGUGGAGGUGACGCUGGAGGCGGCCGCCACGGGAGAGGGCGAGAAGGGUCGAUUCAAGAUGCCCGACAUCAAGAUGCCCGACGUCAAGAUGCCCAGCGUCAAGCUGCCCAAGGUCAAAGCUCCCCACGCGCAGGUCAGCCUGCCAAAGGCCGAGGUCUCGCUGCCCAAAGGCCAGGAGGGCGAAGUCGCCCUGCAGGGCCCCGAGGCCGAAGGCGGCCUGGAGGUGGCAGCCGGCAAAGUUGAGGGCGGCGGCAUGAAAAUACACAUGCCCAAAGUCAAGGUGCCCAGCGUGGUCUUCUCCAAGCCCACCGUCAAGGCUCCCAAAGUGGAGGCAGACGUCAGCCUCCCGCAGGCAGAGCUCAAGGCCGGCGCCGCCGACGUCAGCAUCGCGGCCCCCGACAUCAAGUUGCCCUCCGUCGAAGGCUCCCUCGAGCUCCAGGCGCCCGAGAUAGACCUCAAAGCACCCUCCGCUGAAGUCUCGCUCGACGGGGCCAAACUGGAAGCCUCGGGCCUGAAAGGAAAGCUUAAGAUGCCCAAGUUCGACAAGCCCAAAUUUGGAGUGUCCUCCCCCAAAGCGGAAGGGCCCGAGGUCAGCCUGCCCAGCGCAGAGGUCGAGCUCCCCUCCGCCACCGUGACGGCCGCAGGAGAGGGCCCCGGCCCGAGCCUCAAAGCCGACGUCCCCGGCGCCAAAACGGAAGGGGCCGGCUGGAAGCUGGAGAAGCCCUCCCUGAAAAUGCCCAAAGCUGACAUCAAGGCUCCCAAGGUGGACAUCAGCGUGCCCUCCGUCGACGUCACCCUUCCCAAGGCCAGCGUUGACGUGCAGGCGCCCGAGGCGACCCUCAGCCUGGAAGGAGAAGCAAAAGCCCCAGAGAAGGAGGCCGCCAAGAGUAAGGACGGCAAGUUCAAGAUGCCCAAGUUCGGCAUGCCUUCCUUUGGCUGGUCCAGCAGCAGAGAGGCCAAGGGCAGCGUGGCCGCCGAGGUGGACGUCAGCCUCAAGGAGCCCCAAGUGACGGUGCCCUCGGGAGCCGCCGAGGUGGACAUCAGCCUCAAGGAGCCCCAUGUGACGCUGCCCUCGGGAGCCGCCGAAGUGGAGGUGAGCCUGCCCGGCGCCGAGAUCCAAGCGCCCGGCGUGGAGGUGACGCUGGAGGCGGCCGCCACGGGAGAGGGCGAGAAGGGUCGAUUCAAGAUGCCCGACAUCAAGAUGCCCGACGUCAAGAUGCCCAGUGUCAAGCUGCCCAAGGUCAAAGCUCCCCACGCGCAGGUCAGCCUGCCAAAGGCCGAGGUCUCGCUGCCCAAAGGCCAGGAGGGCGAAGUCGCCCUGCAGGGCCCCGAGGCCGAAGGCGGCCUGGAGGUGGCAGCCGGCAAAGUUGAGGGCGGCGGCAUGAAAAUACACAUGCCCAAAGUCAAGGUGCCCAGCGUGGUCUUCUCCAAGCCCACCGUCAAGGCUCCCAAAGUGGAGGCAGACGUCAGCCUCCCGCAGGCAGAGCUCAAGGCCGGCGCCGCCGACGUCAGCAUCGCGGCCCCCGACAUCAAGUUGCCCUCCGUCGAAGGCUCCCUCGAGCUCCAGGCGCCCGAGAUAGACCUCAAAGCACCCUCCGCUGAAGUCUCGCUCGACGGGGCCAAACUGGAAGCCUCGGGCCUGAAAGGAAAGCUUAAGAUGCCCAAGUUCGACAAGCCCAAAUUUGGAGUGUCCUCCCCCAAAGCGGAAGGGCCCGAGGUCAGCCUGCCCAGCGCAGAGGUCGAGCUCCCCUCCGCCACCGUGACGGCCGCAGGAGAGGGCCCCGGCCUGAGCCUCAAAGCCGACGUCCCCGGCGCCAAAACGGAAGGGGCCGGCUGGAAGCUGGAGAAGCCCUCCCUGAAAAUGCCCAAAGCUGACAUCAAGGCUCCCAAGGUGGACAUCAGCGUGCCCUCCGUCGACGUCACCCUUCCCAAGGCCAGCGUUGACGUGCAGGCGCCCGAGGCGACCCUCAGCCUGGAAGGAGAAGCAAAAGCCCCAGAGAAGGAGGCCGCCAAGAGUAAGGACGGCAAGUUCAAGAUGCCCAAGUUCGGCAUGCCUUCCUUUGGCUGGUCCAGCAGCAGAGAGGCCAAGGGCAGCGUGGCCGCCGAGGUGGACGUCAGCCUCAAGGAGCCCCAAGUGACGGUGCCCUCGGGAGCCGCCGAGGUGGACAUCAGCCUCAAGGAGCCCCAUGUGACGCUGCCCUCGGGAGCCGCCGAAGUGGAGGUGAGCCUGCCCGGCGCCGAGAUCCAAGCGCCCGGCGUGGAGGUGACGCUGGAGGCGGCCGCCACGGGAGAGGGCGAGAAGGGUCGAUUCAAGAUGCCCGACAUCAAGAUGCCCGACGUCAAGAUGCCCAGCGUCAAGCUGCCCAAGGUCAAAGCUCCCCACGCGCAGGUCAGCCUGCCAAAGGCCGAGGUCUCGCUGCCCAAAGGCCAGGAGGGCGAAGUCGCCCUGCAGGGCCCCGAGGCCGAAGGCGGCCUGGAGGUGGCAGCCGGCAAAGUUGAGGGCGGCGGCAUGAAAAUACACAUGCCCAAAGUCAAGGUGCCCAGCGUGGUCUUCUCCAAGCCCACCGUCAAGGCUCCCAAAGUGGAGGCAGAUGUCAGCCUCCCGCAGGCAGAGCUCAAGGCCGGCGCCGCCGACGUCAGCAUCGCGGCCCCCGACAUCAAGUUGCCCUCCGUCGAAGGCUCCCUCGAGCUCCAGGCGCCCGAGAUAGACCUCAAAGCACCCUCCGCUGAAGUCUCGCUCGACGGGGCCAAACUGGAAGCCUCGGGCCUGAAAGGAAAGCUUAAGAUGCCCAAGUUCGACAAGCCCAAAUUUGGAGUGUCCUCCCCCAAAGCGGAAGGGCCCGAGGUCAGCCUGCCCAGCGCAGAGGUCGAGCUCCCCUCCGCCACCGUGACGGCCGCAGGAGAGGGCCCCGACCUGAGCCUCAAAGCCGACGUCCCCGGCGCCAAAACGGAAGGGGCCGGCUGGAAGCUGGAGAAGCCCUCCCUGAAAAUGCCCAAAGCUGACAUCAAGGCUCCCAAGGUGGACAUCAGCGUGCCCUCCGUCGACGUCACCCUUCCCAAGGCCAGCGUUGACGUGCAGGCGCCCGAGGCGACCCUCAGCCUGGAAGGAGAAGCAAAAGCCCCAGAGAAGGAGGCCGCCAAGAGUAAGGACGGCAAGUUCAAGAUGCCCAAGUUCGGCAUGCCUUCCUUUGGCUGGUCCAGCAGCAGAGAGGCCAAGGGCAGCGUGGCCGCCGAGGUGGACGUCAGCCUCAAGGAGCCCCAAGUGACGGUGCCCUCGGGAGCCGCCGAGGUGGACAUCAGCCUCAAGGAGCCCCAUGUGACGCUGCCCUCGGGAGCCGCCGAAGUGGAGGUGAGCCUGCCCGGCGCCGAGAUCCAAGCGCCCGGCGUGGAGGUGACGCUGGAGGCGGCCGCCACGGGAGAGGGCGAGAAGGGUCGAUUCAAGAUGCCCGACAUCAAGAUGCCCGACGUCAAGAUGCCCAGCGUCAAGCUGCCCAAGGUCAAAGCUCCCCACGCGCAGGUCAGCCUGCCAAAGGCCGAGGUCUCGCUGCCCAAAGGCCAGGAGGGCGAAGUCGCCCUGCAGGGCCCCGAGGCCGAAGGCGGCCUGGAGGUGGCAGCCGGCAAAGUUGAGGGCGGCGGCAUGAAAAUACACAUGCCCAAAGUCAAGGUGCCCAGCGUGGUCUUCUCCAAGCCCACCGUCAAGGCUCCCAAAGUGGAGGCAGACGUCAGCCUCCCGCAGGCAGAGCUCAAGGCCGGCGCCGCCGACGUCAGCAUCGCGGCCCCCGACAUCAAGUUGCCCUCCGUCGAAGGCUCCCUCGAGCUCCAGGCGCCCGAGAUAGACCUCAAAGCACCCUCCGCUGAAGUCUCGCUCGACGGGGCCAAACUGGAAGCCUCGGGCCUGAAAGGAAAGCUUAAGAUGCCCAAGUUCGACAAGCCCAAAUUUGGAGUGUCCUCCCCAAAAGCGGAAGGGCCCGAGGUCAGCCUGCCCAGCGCAGAGGUCGAGCUCCCCUCCGCCACCGUGACGGCCGCAGGAGAGGGCCCCGGCCUGAGCCUCAAAGCCGACGUCCCCGGCGCCAAAACGGAAGGGGCUGGCUGGAAGCUGGAGAAGCCCUCCCUGAAAAUGCCCAAAGCUGACAUCAAGGCUCCCAAGGUGGACAUCAGCGUGCCCUCCGUCGACGUCACCCUUCCCAAGGCCAGCGUUGACGUGCAGGCGCCCGAGGCGACCCUCAGCCUGGAAGGAGAAGCAAAAGCCCCAGAGAAGGAGGCCGCCAAGAGUAAGGACGGCAAGUUCAAGAUGCCCAAGUUCGGCAUGCCUUCCUUUGGCUGGUCCAGCAGCAGAGAGGCCAAGGGCAGCGUGGCCGCCGAGGUGGACGUCAGCCUCAAGGAGCCCCAAGUGACGGUGCCCUCGGGAGCCGCCGAGGUGGACAUCAGCCUCAAGGAGCCCCAUGUGACGCUGCCCUCGGGAGCCGCCGAAGUGGAGGUGAGCCUGCCCGGCGCCGAGAUCCAAGCGCCCGGCGUGGAGGUGACGCUGGAGGCGGCCGCCACGGGAGAGGGCGAGAAGGGUCGAUUCAAGAUGCCCGACAUCAAGAUGCCCGACGUCAAGAUGCCCAGCGUCAAGCUGCCCAAGGUCAAAGCUCCCCACGCGCAGGUCAGCCUGCCAAAGGCCGAGGUCUCGCUGCCCAAAGGCCAGGAGGGCGAAGUCGCCCUGCAGGGCCCCGAGGCCGAAGGCGGCCUGGAGGUGGCAGCCGGCAAAGUUGAGGGCGGCGGCAUGAAAAUACACAUGCCCAAAGUCAAGGUGCCCAGCGUGGUCUUCUCCAAGCCCACCGUCAAGGCUCCCAAAGUGGAGGCAGACGUCAGCCUCCCGCAGGCAGAGCUCAAGGCCGGCGCCGCCGACGUCAGCAUCGCGGCCCCCGACAUCAAGUUGCCCUCCGUCGAAGGCUCCCUCGAGCUCCAGGCGCCCGAGAUAGACCUCAAAGCACCCUCCGCUGAAGUCUCGCUCGACGGGGCCAAACUGGAAGCCUCGGGCCUGAAAGGAAAGCUUAAGAUGCCCAAGUUCGACAAGCCCAAAUUUGGAGUGUCCUCCCCCAAAGCGGAAGGGCCCGAGGUCAGCCUGCCCAGCGCAGAGGUCGAGCUCCCCUCCGCCACCGUGACGGCCGCAGGAGAGGGCCCCGGCCUGAGCCUCAAAGCCGACGUCCCCGGCGCCAAAACGGAAGGGGCCGGCUGGAAGCUGGAGAAGCCCUCCCUGAAAAUGCCCAAAGCUGACAUCAAGGCUCCCAAGGUGGACAUCAGCGUGCCCUCCGUCGACGUCACCCUUCCCAAGGCCAGCGUUGACGUGCAGGCGCCCGAGGCGACCCUCAGCCUGGAAGGAGAAGCAAAAGCCCCAGAGAAGGAGGCCGCCAAGAGUAAGGACGGCAAGUUCAAGAUGCCCAAGUUCGGCAUGCCUUCCUUUGGCUGGUCCAGCAGCAGAGAGGCCAAGGGCAGCGUGGCCGCCGAGGUGGACGUCAGCCUCAAGGAGCCCCAAGUGACGGUGCCCUCGGGAGCCGCCGAGGUGGACAUCAGCCUCAAGGAGCCCCAUGUGACGCUGCCCUCGGGAGCCGCCGAAGUGGAGGUGAGCCUGCCCGGCGCCGAGAUCCAAGCGCCCGGCGUGGAGGUGACGCUGGAGGCGGCCGCCACGGGAGAGGGCGAGAAGGGUCGAUUCAAGAUGCCCGACAUCAAGAUGCCCGACGUCAAGAUGCCCAGCGUCAAGCUGCCCAAGGUCAAAGCUCCCCACGCGCAGGUCAGCCUGCCAAAGGCCGAGGUCUCGCUGCCCAAAGGCCAGGAGGGCGAAGUCGCCCUGCAGGGCCCCGAGGCCGAAGGCGGCCUGGAGGUGGCAGCCGGCAAAGUUGAGGGCGGCGGCAUGAAAAUACACAUGCCCAAAGUCAAGGUGCCCAGCGUGGUCUUCUCCAAGCCCACCGUCAAGGCUCCCAAAGUGGAGGCAGACGUCAGCCUCCCGCAGGCAGAGCUCAAGGCCGGCGCCGCCGACGUCAGCAUCGCGGCCCCCGACAUCAAGUUGCCCUCCGUCGAAGGCUCCCUCGAGCUCCAGGCGCCCGAGAUAGACCUCAAAGCACCCUCCGCUGAAGUCUCGCUCGACGGGGCCAAACUGGAAGCCUCGGGCCUGAAAGGAAAGCUUAAGAUGCCCAAGUUCGACAAGCCCAAAUUUGGAGUGUCCUCCCCCAAAGCGGAAGGGCCCGAGGUCAGCCUGCCCAGCGCAGAGGUCGAGCUCCCCUCCGCCACCGUGACGGCCGCAGGAGAGGGCCCCGGCCUGAGCCUCAAAGCCGACGUCCCCGGCGCCAAAACGGAAGGGGCCGGCUGGAAGCUGGAGAAGCCCUCCCUGAAAAUGCCCAAAGCUGACAUCAAGGCUCCCAAGGUGGACAUCAGUGUGCCCUCCGUCGACGUCACCCUUCCCAAGGCCAGCGUUGACGUGCAGGCGCCCGAGGCGACCCUCAGCCUGGAAGGAGAAGCAAAAGCCCCAGAGAAGGAGGCCGCCAAGAGUAAGGACGGCAAGUUCAAGAUGCCCAAGUUCGGCAUGCCUUCCUUUGGCUGGUCCAGCAGCAGAGAGGCCAAGGGCAGCGUGGCCGCCGAGGUGGACGUCAGCCUCAAGGAGCCCCAAGUGACGGUGCCCUCGGGAGCCGCCGAGGUGGAUUUUACCCUUCCGGGGGCCGAGAUCCAGGUCCCUACUUCUGAAGUUCCUGUAGAUUCCUUGUCUUUUAUAGAGGACGAGAUGGGUAAAUCUCGAAGUUCUCUAUUUAGAAUGCCUAAAGUUUCUCUUUCUAAGAUUUCCAAACCUCAUGGAGAAUGUAAAUCGAGAGCUGAUAUUUCAAUGUCAGAAUCUCUUAGUUGUUCUGUAACAGAGGAUACUUCUUCUGUUCUUUCAGGUAGUGUCGCAUCUAAGCCUUUGCCUGACUUAAAGGGAGAUAAUAUAUCUAAAAAUACUAAGUUCAGAAUUCCUAGCUUGGGUUUCUCCAAGGUUGAUUUGAGUUCAUCUGGAAUUGACCAUGAGUCCUCAUUUCAAAAAAAGGAUAUUACGCUUACUAAAUACCAAAUAAAUCUAACAGAAUCCGAAUCAAAAAUACCAUCUCUUGCAGAUGAAAAUCUUUCAGAUUUUGAAAUUUUAAAUGAAGAUGGUUCUGUGGAGCAAGAAGGUCUUAAGUCAGAAGUUAAAACAAGAGCUGGUGAUAUAUCUUUGGGUGAUACAGAUGUUACAGUUAAAAUUCCUAAGUUCCGAAAACCAAAAUUUGGAAUUCGAUCUAAGGGUAAAGCAUCAGAAAGUGACAUUGGUUUCAAAGUGGAAUCUGAAAUUUCCAGGGAAAGGAUAACAUCUGAUAUAACUGAACCUGAUACUGGAAAACCAACUGAGAUCUCUGAUGUCAAGUUAGGUGUAAAGUUGCACAAGCCUUCACUUGAAGUUGUUCUGGAUGCACCAAUACUGGAUCCCAAUCUCUCACCAAUGGAAGUUACCAUGCCAAAAUCAGAAGGAGAAAUCCAUAGCACAGAUUUAGACUGCAAGGCAGACCAGGAAGUAAUUUCAGGAGAGAAGGAUGCUGAGGAGAAAGAAAACAAAUCUAAAUCAUCAAAAUUCAAACUGCCUUCAUUUCGUUGGUCUCCAAAGAAAGAAGCUAUUGUUCCAUCUCAGGCUGAGAAACAUCUGGAAGAACCGCCUUUGUCUACUUUAUCUGGAGACACAGACUCUGAAUUAACUUUUCCGACUUCUGAGAAUCAAUAUGUUCAUGUAGAACUUGAUACAUCUAUAGAAAAAGAUGGUGAAAAGAUCAGAAACAAGAAGUCCCAAUUUACCAUGCCAAAGAUCUCAUUCCCUAAAAUUAAGGGUCAGAAAGUCCAAGUCUCUCUGCCUGUACUAGAAACUGAUAUUUGUGGUCCCAAACAAGAAAAAGAAGGUGUUUCAGUACAGAAAUCUGAGAAAGAGAUUAGUGGGGAAGGGGCUGGAAUGAGCAUAAAAAUGCCAAAAGUUACGGUCCCAACUUUGGAAUUUUCCAAACCAGAAGUCAAAGCUCCCGAAAUAGACGUGGAUAUUAGCAGGCCUACAGGUGAAGUCAUACUUAGUAUGCGUGAAGAAGAUGAUCUAAAAUUGAAAUCAGCUGCUGCUAACACCAGCCUCUCCACCUCAGAUAUUAGGACGACAACUGAAGGUUCACUUAAGAUGAAGAGUCCUGAUGCAAGUGUUGAAAGAACAUCAAGUGAAAUUGCUGUGAGUGAUGUAGAAAUAAAAGCUGAAGGUCCUGAAGGGAAAACAAAAAUGUCUAAAUUCCAAAUGCCGAAGUUAGGAAUUAUACUUUCUAAAGGGAAAGGGCCAGAAAAGGAGGUCAGCCAGUCCAAAUCAGAAGUCAAGGUUCCCCAGCUAAAAGCAACAGUAGAAAUAUCUGACAUUGUUGUCGAAGGACCAAACUUGGAGGUGGAAUGUGGCACAGGAACAGAGACUUACAGCCCUCAAGUCAAAAUGACCAAAACUGACAGUAAGGCAUCAGAGGCUGAUGUUCACCUCCCUUCAGCUGACAUUUCUAUUCCAAAACCAGACAGUGAUAUUCAAGAUUCAGAUGCAGCACUAAAAAUCAAAGGGGAAAUAAAGCCAGAUGGAGAUGGAGAAGAGAAAGAAGGACAUUUCAAAAUGCCAAAAUUCAAACUUCCAUCCUUCAGUUGGUCACCAAAGAAGGAAACAAGUGUUAAACCUGAUUCUGGAGCAAAUCUGGAAGACCAAAAGCUUGCUGUAAUGUCAAGCAGAAUAGAUACAGAAGUGAGAGGAACUGGAAUGGAUGAUGAAGGUAGUGGGACAGCCCUUGAUCUGGAAAUAUCUACAGGAAAAGUUGAACAAAAAAGUCCAAUUAAAAAGCCUCAAUUUGUCAUGCCUAAAAUUUCACUGUCCAAGAUCAAGGUUCCAAAAUCUCAGUCUCAUUCGUCAAAAGUUGAAGUUGAUGCUACUCUUCUUAAAACGGAAAGAGAGGGUGAUGAUUCAAUUCAGAUACCUGAUAUAGAAAGAAGUCAUUCUGAAAGGACUGAAGAAGGGGCACAAAUAAGCAUAAAAGUGGCUGAUCUUAAGUUCCACACUUUGGAGUUUUCUAAAAUAGAAACUGAAGCUUCUCAAAAUGAAAUGGGAAUCAGCUCAGCAAAGAUUGAUGCUGCUCUGACUCCCUCAGAGGGGAGUUUUCAACAGGUUGACCUAAAGUCAAGUUCUACUGAUGAAUGUAACAUUCAAAAACCAGGUAUUAAGUUCCCCAAAGGAGAAGCUUCAGUUGAACUGAAGAGCCCUGAUAUAGUAAUAGAAAGAUCAUCAGUUGUGGAUGGAAGAAAAGUGAAAUUAGAAGGUCCUGAAGGGAAGAUUAAAAUGCCCAAAUUCCAGAAACCAAAGUUUGGAAUCUCCCUAACAAAAGGGAAAUGCCCAGAGGCAGAUAUCAGCUCUCCAAAAAUAGAAGCUGAGCAACCCCAGCUAAAAAUUGCUGACAUUGCUGUGGGAGUUCCAGCAUCAGAACUUAUAUCUGAUAUAUCAGAUCCUGGAGUAGUUGUUUGUGAAAUAAAAACACCCCAAGAUCUGACUGGUGGCAUUGAAGCUCCAAAAGUAGACAUAAGCCUCCAGUCAGUGUCUAAACCAAGGACAGAGGGAGCUAUUGAGAGUCUUGAGGACAAAGAAAUCAAAUUAAAAGAAGAACACGAGAUAAAAGCUGAAGAAGUUCAGACUGAAGAACAUCAGGGAUGGUUUAAAAUGCCAAAAUUCAGAAUACCUGCAUUUGGCAGGACAUCCUUAAAGGAAAAAAAAUGUGAUGCUGAUAUUGAAAGUAUGGAAAAAGCUCAGGCGAGCAUUCCCUCUGGAAAAGUACAAACUGAAACAAGUAUUCCUGAAAAUACCUUCUCAUUACCACAUGCAGUUGCUGAAAUUACUAUUGGAAAAGAAGAGAUUAAAAAAAUUGAAGAUUCUGUGAGGAGUUCUGAUGUUAGCUUGUCGAAGAUGGAAGGAGAUAUUUCAUUGUCCACAGAAAGAACAGAUAGUAGAGUGAAUAUUCCAAAAACUGAAACUUAUGCAGACAUAGUUAAGUGUGGUGCUGAAGGACAAAAAAUGCAUACUUCAGAAUUCACAAUGUCUGCAGCAGAAGUGCCUAAAUCAUACCUAAGUGCUUCAGAAACUGACAAAGACAACAGUUUAACAAAUAGGUUUUCUACAGGUACUCUGACUUUUCAAGAGCAUAAAGUCAAACCACAGGAUAUGGAAGUUCCAAAGGUAGAAAGUUCCACUAAGUUAGAGACUUCAGGAGUAGGAUGCAAACCGUCAUCAGCUGAAAUUACUCUGGAUGCAACACAGGAGAAAACAGAUGUUAGACUUCCAAAGGAGGAGCUUGAUAUUCAAAAUAAAGAGGCAGCAAUUAAAAAAGGAAAGAUAAAGGGUGAGGUGAAAAUUAUAGGAAAAGACAGUGAAGAAAGUCAGUUAAAAAGGACUAUGUGUGAAUGGUCUACAACAAAGGGAUCAGAAGAUGGUACUUAUGUUACUGCUAAGCUGGAAGAUCUAAAAGUAGAAGUUCCAGGAGUGAAGACGAAUGUUAAAAUUACUAGAGUAGAUCCUGAAAUGAAAUUUCAAGUGAGAAGUGUUGAAAAGGAUGUGUCUGCAGGAAUGGCAGUGCAAGUAGAAGAUAGAGCAGAAAUAAGUAAAACUAAAGCAUACAAGUUUAAGAUUCCGAAAUUUGGAAUGUUUCAUUCGGAAAUCAAGGGUUUUGAAGGUGAUAUCAAUGUUACAAAGUCAGAAGCUGAUUCAAUAUCUAAAAGUGAAAUAGGCGCAGCAGAAAUGCAGUUACAGAAACCAGAAGGAUCUGUUGGCCUGAAAAGUCCAGCUCUGGAUUAUAUGGAAGCAUCUACCAGAAUAACAGGGGAAACAGUGGACCAAUCAGAAAGUGGCCCAGAAGUAAUUGUAAGAAUUCCCAGACUAAAAAUACCAAGAUUCACUUUUAAAACUCUCCCAAUUGAAGCUGAUGUUUUAGUGUCAAAAGUGGCAACAGAUCCAAAGGGAUCUAGUACUGAUAUUGAAAUAGUGCAACUGGAAGCAAGCUCUGCUAUCUCUGAUGAAACACCAGGGGCUUUAGAGGGGAGUAUUCAAAAAGCAAAAAGCAAAAUUCUGAUGCUGACUGAACCUGACAUUAAAACAGCACAAAUGACAACUACCAUAGAGUCCUCCCUUUCAAAUGCAGGGCAGGACAUUCAUUGGUCUUACAUAGAAGGCCAAGAAGUGAGUGAGAAAGUAGAACCUGAACACGUUGCUAUUGAAAGGUGUGAGAUUUACACUACUGAAAUACUGAAAGAAUCAGAGAUUCUGUCAUCAAAAGUCAAAACUGCUACAUUGGGAUUCUCAUUGCUCAAGGCAAAGUUACCUGAAUCACACAGUGACUUAGAAGUGCUAGUCCAGCAGCCAUCUCCGACGGAAGGUGGAUCAGUGAAAAAAUCUACAUGUGCUGGGGAAAGCUUUGGAGUAGCAGCACAGAGAACUGGCAGUGCUGAGCUUAAACUAUCUGACAAACCACAUCAUGAGUCUGAAAAAUUUAGUGGAGAAAUAAGUUUGCCAAAGUUAAAAACAUGUGCUGCUGAAGCAAAGCCUUCCAGUAAACUUGAAGAGGGUAUUCCUGAUAAAUCACCAGAGCGAAUAACUUCAGGUCCUCUCUCUAAAGAUGAGGAUGUAGCUGAAGCCAUGGAAGGUGAAGAAAAAGACAAAACCAAUGAGAAAGAAAAGACUGAUAGCAAAAGAUCUCCUGGAAGAUUCAAGUUUUGGCUUCCAGGGAUUGGCUUUUCCUCUUCUGGUGAUGAAGCAAGCACAGAUGUAAAAGCAGAAGUAAAAAAAUCAGAUCCAGAAGAUAUGAAAUCUGCUGACACAUCAGAUGAUUUCUCUAAGCAAACUGAAAAAACUGGAUGGUUUAGAUUUCCCAAGCUUGGUUUCACAUCUCCUUCCAAAAAGGCUAAGUCUGUUGAAAAAGAAGAGAUGGGUGAUAAAGAGGGAAGAAUCUCAGAUGAAGAUAGCCCAUCAGAUAAACCUGAUGUAUUUUUUGAUGCACAAGAAAGCUUAUCACCUAAAGAAACAACAAGGGAUGAAAAAGUUGAAACUGAUGGAGCCUCAUCUAUUGUGACAUCUUUGGCAAGAACUGAACUAAUCUUGUUGGAGGAAGAAAAAGAUAGUAAAUCUAAUAUUGAUGGAGAUAUAACCAAAUGAAGGUUGUAUUUUCUCAGUACUCAAUGAAAACAAAAUCAUCUACAUGCACAGAAAAAAAUGUGUUUUUUUAAUUUUCUGGUAACUGAAAAUUAAAACCCAAAGCUGAUGUUAAUAAAAAGAUUUUAACAGAAUUUACCACAUG